AUGGGCAUGACCGUUUCUGACUUCGUCGCCGUAGUUACUGGUGACCCUUCGGCUCGGGAGAAGUCUGAUCUUAGGAAGAUCGUGUGGCCGAAACACACCGUUCAAGAACUCCAAGACCCUACUCAUAUGGUGUAUCUCCACGAUCAGUCGGAGAAGGGCUGGUCUAUUAGGUUCAAAGCAUUGGGAUGUUUUGAUAAUGAGAUUCCUGCAACUUCGUUGCCUGAAGACAAGUCGACCUUGGGGAUUAGUCCUUCGGAUUCUCGGCGUCGCGACGACUUAUCCAAUAAUGCUCGAGUCCGCGAGAAACAUCAAGUGAAUACCAUAACGUUGGCUCAGCAAAAAGAGCUUAUAAAAACACUUCAGCUUUCGGAGAGUGAUGAAAGUGAUGAUGGUGUUAAGAAAUCCGAUGUCAGCGUCACUUCACCUGAAAAACUCUCCAAACCCGUAUCAUUGAAGGGAGAUACCAAACAUCAGAAUCGGUCACCGGACAUAGCUGAUACGGAUCGCCCACUUCCACCGAUUGUUUCACCUCUUUUAUCGAAGGCGAAAUUAACACCGGCUUGUGAUGUCCCGAAGCAGCGCGUUUGCGAUCGGCAAACGGAUAGUCCUUCGAAGACAAAGUCUCGUAGCGGUACAAAUGACCGGGGAACGCACUCGAAGGCUCUUAACAAACGAGGUGUCUACUCGCCAUUGGUUGUUCGCGUCCCCGAGGCAAAUUGUUCUUUUGGUCACAGUCAAAACUCCACAGAGGAAGUAAACACUUUGACCUCCUUGCCGGCUCAGUGUUUGAGCAACCAGGAAAACGUUCCAUCGGCUUUGAUCGACACGCAUGAAAAAACUGAGCAGUUUGUUCGCCGCGUUUUGGCAGAUGCGGAGGCGUUUUGCAAGCCGCUACAGUACCUGCCGGACAACUUCCUAAUCGGUGCCAAUGAAUUGUCGACAGAAGGUGGCGAACUCGAGUUUCCGUUGCGUAGCGACGAGAAGUUCAAAUCAGGGCAACAGUAUUUUACCCUUAAAAGAGUGUCUCCACUUCCAGCCACUGUUAGUGACAUAGGACGAUCUGGCCUCUCUUCCACUAAUGUAGCUUCACCUCCUUUGCCAAAAAAGGAAAAAAAAUCCUCGAAAAAGCUGAACUCACCGUCGUCCUCAUCUUCUCAUAAAAAUAGAAAGUUGACGCAGCAGCAUAAAAACCCACGAAAUCAAAAACUGAAGAAGAACGGCAAAGUUUCCCGUCGUUGCCCUUCCGCUCCGUUUAUUGUACCCUCCCUCCCUUCACAUGAUUUGCGUCCUCGGAUCCCCGCAAUAGCUUUAAGUUCUUCAAUACAUCAUAUAUCCUCCACGACCGAUAAACUGGCUUCUAUUCGCUUCAUACUACAUAGCUUACGAAUCCCUAACUCCGCCCCUAGUAAAAGGACACCUCGAGAAUUGAAUGCGGUUCUCCUAGCCCCGUGCCACCUCAAACAAACAGUUAGCCGCGUCGAGACUGAAAAUGGUUCCCCCUUGGUGCAGUCCACCGACUAUUACCUUAGCAGAGUCCUCAAGCAUAACGACGAAGUAAUGGAACGCAUAAUUCGGAGAUAUGAAAAUACUACGGAGGAGCAGCAGUUAACUCAGGCGAGCCGUUUGGAUACAGAGGCUGCCGCCUGUUGGAGUCAGCUUGUCCAGUUCGUGGCCUCCACUUCUUCCUCGUCCGCAUCCACCCCGAACUCUCUGAUAAAACCCUUCGUCUGUUCGUGCUCUUCGGAGACCCAGCGUCUUCUUCACUUUCUCUUCAACCAGACUGAUUUUACAUCCUAUCCCGAGAGGAUUCUGGCGUCUACUCGCCACAUUCUUGUCGCGGCGCUCAUGUCCACGUCGUUGGCAGAUGCAAAACGACGCUACGACCAGGCCCUCGAGAGUCUGGCCAAAACGGCUCUUCGGAUGCGGCGGGCGGAAUCCAAGCUCCUCCGACGCGCCUGGGUGGCUAUCCGGUGUAGCAAGGCGACUGGUGGUCGUGACUUGCCCAUCAGUAGGAUUGCUGAGCUUGGAGAAGACGCCAAGCGCUGGUCCGAUCUCUGGUACUCAGCUCUCGCGCGUGUAAAGGCAGUUGUCAGUGACAAGUUUUAUCAAUUGCUCUCUGAACAGGAACAGGAUUUAAGGAAAAAGGUCAUGAAAGAUGAGAGUCUGUUGCGGCUAAACUUGCUCAGUAAUGACGAGGACCUAGUACUUGACGCGACCCCCUUCUCUUCUGAUAAUCGAGAACCCCCUCUCAACUCUCAUCGCGAUUACCCCACAUCUACCCUCUCCUCAUCAACCGAGCGAAACGGUGUCGCAGACGAUUGCAGAGAACACUUUAAGUCCGACUAUGCAGACAGGGCGAUGUCAGAUGAAGGUGGAGGAGACGACAAAUCCAAUCCGACAAUGUGCACAGUGCCUCGUUCGACGCUAGAGCGUUUACUCAAAGUCUUUCAUAUGACAUCGUUUGCUCACGAAUCGUUGCAGUCCCGUCGGGAGUCUGAACUCGUCCUCCCUACUGACAGAUUUGCUGUUUUCGGCAGUGAGGAAGACAAGCAGACUCAGCGUCAGCUCCCGGUUUUUGUCGCCCCAGCCCCCACCUCCGAUAUGAAUCCUCUUAUUGUUUUCAUCGACAGUGUGCUACAGCGCCACCGGCGAAUAGUGUCACGCCUCUCUGCCUGUCCCGAUGCACAUCAACAGCAGCCUAGUUCUGUUCUGUCACCCAAAAAACCGCAGCCCGCUGCUCCUCCACAAAAGCCCACAUCUCAAGGUAAACCAAAGCGCUCCAAGUCACCGAAGCCGCCGCCGCCUCCUGCAUUUGAAGCUCUCCCGGUCCGCCCCCCUGACCUGGUUAUACACAAAGGCAAGAAACAUCAAAGUCGGAGACUGAGCAGCCAAACACCGUCUGAUGAAGCCGGAGACGAGAAGAAAACGAAACGCAGGGGUCCGUCGCCUCCAUCGUCACAACCUUCUGCUCCCAUCAAAAAACACCGAACGGAUCAUGAGGGAUCGCGGAAUCGUAGUUCGCGCUGCGUAAGUGUAGCACCCUCACGCAGGAAAACUGAUCGAAAUGAUGGUGAGGAUACCGACGACUCACAAAAACGGAUUCGGCUUGAGCGCAAAGUGCAUAGAGGGAGGUCAGUUGUUGCAUCUUCCAAGCGGUCGCCUCGUCGAGACUCAUCUGCGUCAAAGACAAAUGGCGUUGAAGUCGAGACCUAUUCGCCGCGGAAGAACGCUUCAAUUAGCGGUUAUUCCUAUAGUCCGUCCAGGCCCAACUUCUCUAACGAGAGGCAGGAAAGCGCAGGGGCGGGUGACACGUAUGAACCCACCUAUAUCCCCUCAGUGCCUGCUCCUCCCCGACGAACCUUCCCACAUGAACCGCCGCCUAAAACGUCCCUCCAACCCUCUUUCUACACUAAAUGGCUUGACGGAGGCUCGUCCAAUCGGCGGUGA